UUAAGUUGAAAAUGCAGUAGACACUUGGUCACAUGGCCAUCUUCCUGUAAUGAAGAAACUGAAGGAAGCAGACUGUUUGCUUAACAAUCAUUGUUUCACAAUGUGGGGGGAAAAGGCACUUGGUCAUUGUAGAUAAUUUGGAAAAUACAGAAAAGUAUAAAGAGGAAAUAAAAAUAAACCGUAACGUAGAGAGAAGCUCUUAAGAUUGUUGUCUUCAUUCUAUACGAUAUAUAUACUUUAUGUAGUAAAUAUAAACACAUUAUGUCACAUAGAAAAGUAUUCACAUAGUUACAUAUGCUUUUAAACAGAAUUCAGCUUAUAAACAAAAUCCUUUUAAAGUGAUUUCAUAAAUUUGCAGUUAACAUAAUGCAGUAUCAUAACUCAAAUUUUUGUCAUGCCAUAGUGCGAAAUCCUAACUCCAUUUCUGAACUGAGUGACCUCUAGGCUUUUCUCCCAUGAAAUAGAAGCCUUUCUAAAAGCUCUCGGAAGUCAAAUUCGGGUUGAGGGAUUGUCACCAAAAGCAGCACGCAUGUUUCUGCAUAAUAUGCCUGUGAGCGUGCCUGGGUUUGCGACACGCAGGCUUUGCCAUCUUCGCGUAUUUCCUGCCCGACGGUCCCCUCGGUGUGUGGAGCCUCUAGCCCUCGUCACACUGAGCUGUCAGCUCUCAGCAGACUCGGCCGGGAAUGCACACAGAGGCCACACAGUGAAUAAGCUUUUUCUGCAGUUUCUGUAGCUGAAAGCCUGUGUGCUCCUCCGUGAUUCCUUGAGGACUGGCUUCCUGAACUCCAGUCCUUCUCUAGGUGUUCCUGGUCUUCAAACGGAAGGAUGGUGGCUAGAGGGGAAAUAGCAAGAUUUUGGAGUCUGGAAAGCCUGCAUAUGGUUUCUGCAGAUGGAGGUACUGAGUCUUCUGCCUUAGUUGACGACAAUGGGAGUGAGGAGGACUACAGCUAUGAAGAGCUCUGCCAGGCCAACCCUCGCUACUUACAGCCCGGCGGGGAGCAGCUAGCCAUCAACGAGCUUAUCAGUGAUGGCAGUGUGGUCUGCGCAGAAGCCCUGUGGGACCAUGUGACCAUGGAUGACCAGGAGCUGGGCUUCAAGGCCGGGGACGUCAUCCAAGUCCUGGAGGCCUCCAAUAAGGACUGGUGGUGGGGCCGGAAUGAAGACAAGGAAGCCUGGUUCCCUGCAAGCUUUGUCAGGUUGCGAGUCAAUCAGGAAGAGCUGCCAGAGAAUUCCACCAGCACCCAGGGCGAGGAGGAGGAUGAGGGUGCUGGCCACGCCCGCCUCAAACACGCGGAAAAUAAGCACCAGAUGAGGACGAACGUGAUCCGGGAGAUCAUGAACACAGAGCGGGUAUACAUCAAGCAUCUCAAGGACAUCUGUGAGGGCUAUAUUCGGCAGUGUCGCAAGCACACAGGAAUGUUCACUGUUGCACAACUAGCCACCAUUUUUGGAAACAUUGAAGAUAUUUACAAGUUCCAAAGAAAGUUCCUGAAAGACCUUGAGAAACAGUACAAUAAAGAAGAACCUCACUUAAGUGAAAUAGGGUCCUGCUUUCUUGAACACCAAGAGGGCUUCGCCAUCUAUUCCGAAUACUGUAACAACCACCCUGGCGCCUGCCUGGAACUUGCCAACCUCAUGAAGCAGGGCAAGUACCGGCACUUCUUUGAGGCCUGCCGCCUGCUCCAGCAGAUGAUAGACAUUGCCAUUGAUGGCUUCCUGCUCACACCCGUGCAGAAGAUCUGCAAGUACCCGCUGCAGCUGGCUGAGCUGCUCAAGUACACCACGCAGGAGCACAGUGACUACAACAAUAUCAAGGCUGCCUAUGAGGCCAUGAAGAAUGUCGCCUGUUUGAUCAACGAGCGGAAGCGGAAGCUUGAAAGCAUAGACAAGAUUGCCCGGUGGCAGGUGUCCAUUGUGGGCUGGGAGGGAAUGGACAUUUUGGACCGGAGCUCAGAAUUGAUCCAUUCUGGAGAGCUGACCAAAAUCACGAAGCAGGGCAAGAGCCAGCAGCGGACUUUCUUCCUGUUUGACCACCAGCUGGUGUCCUGUAAGAAGGACCUGUUGCGCAGGGACAUGCUGUACUACAAAGGCCGGAUGGACAUGGACACCAUGGCGCUUGUGGACCUGCCGGAUGGGCGGGACCGUGACUUCAACCUUAGUGUGAAGAAUGCCUUCAAGCUUGUCAGCCAGACCACGGACGAGGUCCACCUGUUUUGUGCCAAAAAGCAUGAGGACAAAGUGCGGUGGCUUCAGGCGUGUGCAGAUGAGAGGCGAAGGGUGCAGGAAGACCGGGAGAUGGGAAUGGAAAUUUCAGAAAAUCAGAAGAAACUCGCCAUGUUAAAUGCUCAAAGGGCAGGACAUGGAAAGUCAAAAGGCUACAGCGGGUGCCCUGUGCCACCGCCUCACCAGAGCUUCCUCCCCAUCCACCAGCGCCACAUCACCGUGCCCACCAGCCUUCCGCAGCAGCAGGUCUUCGCCCUGGCUGAGCCGAAGCGCAAGCCCUCACUUUUCUGGCACACCUUCAACAAGCUCACCCCUUUCAAGAAAUGAAGACGGGAUGGCUGCGCCUCCAUGGAGCGGAUUGUGAAGAGGAGAGCCAUUGUUGUCUUUGCCGUGCUAAAUCCAAGGAGCACGUCUUGGACUCAAUGCUGGAAACUCCUUUUUGGGGGAACAAAGAAGGAGAAGAUUUUCACUCGCCUUCAGUCUCCGGAAGCCCAGCUGCCUUCUUGGAAGGGAGGAGAAGGUCCUGAUGCAGUUUUCACACCCAUGAGAACCCUCCGUGGCCUGCUGUGACACAGCAGAGACAUGGGGACCAGAACAUGCUCUGAAGUGGUACGGAGUCGGCCGGCCGCAGUGGCACGGCUGGUGAUGAGUGCGUCCACUUCUGACCCAGGCCAGGCUGCAGCUCCAGAGCGCUCAGGGCUGCUUCUCAGGUCCUGAGGAGUGGAGAUUAGAGGGUCUCGUGUGCACAUGGUUCUGUAGGGAUCCAUCGGGACGGGGCUGGUCCGGUGCUGCCUCUUGCCAGUGCGCAUGGGGGGAGACCUGGACGGACAGCUGUUGCUUUCUGCCGUGGUAGAUUAGGGGCCUUACGGCUGCAUGGAGAUGGCCGUGGGGUUCCCUGGGGUUGUCUAAAUCCACAUGGUUGCCAAAUGGUAAUGCAGACUUCAUCUUAUAAGGUUCCUCUUCUUAAAAAACAGGCUAGGAAAAGCAAAAACAUGAUUUAUUCAUCAUUGCAGUGCAGAGUGACUGAAGCAUUCCAGAGGUGCUGCCAUUUCCAGGGGAGGUUCUCCCCUGCUGGUGUGAUGUUGCACGUCUGCAACAGAAAUAUGUCUGGUUAUCACCUAAGAAACUACUGUUCAAAAAUAAUCUGUUGCAGUAGAAAAACCCAUUUAUUUUAAUUUUUAUGAUGGAAUUGAAUAUGGAAAUACACAAGAUUGUAAAGCCUGCUUGAAGAGCAUUGUUGCACUUCUUCAAUCAGUUGUUUAUAACAUCCGCACAAAUGCCAAGUACAAAGACACUUAAACAUUCCCCUGCGUAAGCACGAACGAGGCCACAGAUCCUGCCUGGGAUUUGGAACCGACUUUGUUGCAUAAACCCCAGACAGUAGUGCAUACCUGUGCCAGUAUUCGCAUGUGUACAGGUUUCUGAAGAUGGAGAGAGACCUUAACAAAAUAUGAAGACUCAGAGAUGGCAGUCUUUUUUAAUGAAGGACACGCUGGCUGAGGCCUGCAAUCUCUUCCUCUUUGUCUAUAUUGUAAAUUUUGAUGAAAAUAAUUUUUUUAAUAUCUGAAGGAGACAAGCUGUACAAGAUAGAUGCCAUCGUGAUUGACUCAGCACCCUGGACAGGGGGAUACUGAAUGAUGCAAUUUAUGGAUUUCUAUUCGAGAACUUCUCUCUUGUACAUUAUUCUUGGGAAGUUCCUUCUUUUAGUAGGUACAUGGUUGAGAAUAAACACCUGUAAUGGCAGAAACAAAUGUAUAAUCUAAGUCUGCAGUGUGUGCCUCCUCUGUUCUCCCUCUCCCGCUUUACCCAAGUGAUUCUUGGAGGGAGGUGACCAGCGCGCAUAGAAGACAUAAUCCUGGGCGCCCCUGGUGGCCUCGAGAGCGUGAUGUAACAGUUGUUCAAGAAGCCUUACUUGCUCACCUAUCCCAUUAGGCUAAUUUGCUUGCUUAUUUAAAUAGGCAGUAUCACUGAGGAGUUGUGAUGCUCCGUGACUAGCAAAGCCAUGUGUCCUGAGUUAGAAGUCACUAGAAUUCUGUGAGAAAGAUUCCCAGGAGGUACUGAGGCUGUGUGUGUAUGCACGUGUUGCGUGUGUCUUUUUUGAAAAGACUUGUCAAUUUUAGUUGCAUUUAUAUAAUGCAACUUUUCAUUAACAAAAUACAGUGAACACAACAGAACUACCUUGUUUUUCUGGGUCUCGCAAGUUUUCCGUCUUUGACAGGUGCAGUCUUACCACUUUUCUCUUGCUCAUUUUGGAGGAAAAUAUUUAAGUUUUCCUUCUCUGACAAGCCUCCACCUUACACAAGUCCCAGCUGUUGCAGGUUUUAUUGCUUAAUCAUAUAUUUUGAAACUGUACCUAAUAUGAUGUUCCUGGACGCCUCAGCAGGGGCUCUGUACUAAAUAGGGUUGUUUGUAUGUACAGCGGUUUUGCAGUUUUUAUGUUACAUAAGAGAAUUGCUUUAAAGAAGUAAAGAAAGGAUCACUGAAUUAUGUUACAUUCCCAGUGAGGACUCAAUGUAAAGAAUCACUCAAAGGACGUCUUUUUACUAAUAAUAUAAAACUGGGCAGUGAAGACAUGUUUUCAGUUUUGUAACCAUUCCUAAUUUGUUCCCCAGCUGAGCCCUAACUUCUGAUUCCCACCUCUACCUCCAUGGGCUUCCUAACGUGGAAGCAUGACCACCAGGACGUGCUUCUGUUAAGUCCGGCUCAAGUCAGAUGCAACCUGGACACGUCCCGGGGUUGCCCCAGUUGGUGUUGUACAGUGUGAAAGUCACUCGAUCAAAUAUUUGUUCUGGGUAGAUCCAACUUGGGCUUCCAGGAUGUAAGUUGGCUCCUUGGCAUCCUUUAGGAUGCUAAAAUCUUUUUAUGAGAAGAAAAUAUCCUUUGGUUUCUUUAUGUCUGUGUGUCUAGCUUACAUUUCAGUUCUGAAUGCCUGAGCGCUACAAGGAAUAAAAAGCACGAGUAUUGGAAUUUCAGGUUUGCCAAACUCCCUUCUUGAUUUAAGUCGUAUGUCUCACUUGGAAAGAAAAAGAAAAAAGAUGGGUCAUGUAUGAACUUCAUUGGGAAAAUCUGUCUCUGUUUCUCUUUAACCCUACAUUACAUGAUAUUGCAGGGGGAAAAAAAGAUGAUAUAACAUUUUGAUGAAUUUCAGCUAUUCUAUUCAUUCAUGUUUCAGAAAUCGCAAAUUCUGUUGAAAAAAUGGUUAAAAUGGCCUUUGGUCAAAAGCAAGCUUCUAAAUUUUGACCAUACUUAACAUAGAACAAACCUGCAAUAGAUUAUAAGCAAUUAUAAAAUAGAAUAUUUCUAAAAUCCUAGAGAAAUAGCAAUCUUUGUCUCUGGCCUGCAAAGUAGAAACAGAGUCACAGCAGUGUACCCCGACUUUCCAGGAGUACCAUCCAGAGAUUGGUUCCAGCAGAUCUGACGC